AUGCUGGCAGAAGGUGAGAAAAAUCGAACGCAACGUCAGGCCUAUCCUCCUUUGUUGCGCCUUCGAGUCAAUUAUCCAGAUUCUUGGGCCAAUAUUAUGAAGCUGAACAUUCGUCAGUUUGGCGCAUCGUAUGCGAAACGGGUAGCCAAUCCAUCAAAUAUGAUCACUGUUAAAGUGCUGAAAUCAAAUAAAAAGGUUGGAAAACGCGCUGAUGGCAAAUGGAGGACCGUGCCAAAUGUGGAGCCAACAGCAACCGUUGAAGAAAUUAUAAGGAGUCAUUUUGCUGCACCUGACAAUGACACUCUGAGCGUGCUGGAUGUGGAAACGCUAAAUGAUUUCGUGAAGUUAUACGUUGAGCAAGAAGAUGGUAGGCGAACGAGGAAUAAGCCGUAUGUUGAAAAAUUACAACUGAAAAAGGAGAAAUUAAUCGAUGCACUUUGCAAAGUGUCCUAUGACGAGUUCCUUGCCGAUGAAAAACUUAUUUGUCCAGUUUCUGGUUCAAUGUUUGCGGAGAAGAAAUCGCGUCAAAGUAUUUCAACCGAUCUACAGGAACAGAUCGAUUCGAUCGCGGCAAAUCGGUAUUUCACGCGAAUAGUUGCUGCUGGCAGUAAAGGAUUGCUGAAGAUUUUCACGAUCCAAGAGAAUGGUUUUGAAUUUGUCGCUGAUCUUCGUGCAACACGCAGUCGUCGAUUGAAUCUGAUGUAUUCAGCAAGCCAUGUCGCCUGGAGUCCCAACAUUGGUGGGAUUUUGUUGCUUGAAAUACACAGUGAUUUGCAGCUGUUUGAAAUAUGCCAUAAGUUAAUGAUUUUUACAGAUAACAUGUUAGCAACUACAUCCACAAAUGGAGCGAUGGUGCUUUGGAACGUCCAUAAAGCUGCUUUGGAUCACAUAUACAGAGCGCAUACUCGCUCAGCGACCAAAGUAUGCUUCCAUAGGAAUGAUCGCAAUGUGUUGAUUAGUGGAGCGAAGGAUGCAGCUGUGAUACAGUACGAUUUGCGACUCCCAGAACCAGUCAAAAAAUUUAUGAGUGGCUCUUGCGAUCCCAUCCGGGACAUGCAGUUCGGCAUCCACCCAAAUCACGUUGAUAUAUUUGUGGCCGCUGACGAUGCUGGCUCUGUACGGUUUUGGGAUUUGCGCCGCAAUGAUCGCCCGCUUUAUCAGUUUGUUGCCCACCACGGGCCGUCGAGCGUCGCGCUGAAUCCGAGCUGUGAAGAUCAGAACUUGAUUGCGACAGCCGGCAGAGAUAAAUUCAUAAGGGUAGAACAUCUUUUUUUAAUAUUGCGAAAUGCAGGACAUAUAUAA